AUUUAUAUUCCAGAUGCAGUUUCAAUUAAAGAUAAUGUCGAAAUCGAAGAUUCAAUUUCAAAUGGAACAUCAAUCUUAUACCCAAAUUUAUUUAGUUUUCCAAAAGAUUUAGAAAGUUUUUGUGGAGAAACAAUUAAAUUUCAAUUGGUUGAUGGUAGUCAAAUAACUGGUGAUUUUAUUUCAUAUGAAAAAGAUAACAGCCCACUUAGUGGCCAUAGAGUUAUUAUUGACGCAAAGGAAUGCUACUCAGAAAAGCUUACAAAAGGCCUUCCAAAUGGUUUAGUUAGUAUUAGUACAACCCAUAUUCAAUCAUACUUUCCAUUAAGUCUUGAACCAUCAUCAAAAAAAUUGGCCAAAAUUAUCAUCAACGAUAACACACCAAGAGAAAUAGUUGUUUCAUACGAUGUUCCAUUCGUUUCAGAUUCGUUCAAUAGUGGCUAUUUCCGUCAUAUUAUCAAAGGUGUAGAUUGUAAAUCACUUUAUACAAAUCCAAAUCUCCAAACCGAUAUCCCAAUUUCGUUCAAAACAGUUUAUUACUGGGUUCCACAAUGGAACAUCUAUAACAAAAAUGUCACCUUAUCGUUGGUCUCUGAAUAUGGUAAAGAAACAUUCACCAUUAAAAACUUUACAUGUACCAAAAAUUACUUAACUCAAAUCACUGUCAACUCAUUCGAAUCCCAUGCUACCCGUGCUGUUUUAGUUUUUCCAUUAGGAGGUAUCAGAAUUUCGAUGUUCUUCCAAAACAAUUCAGAUUUCAUUUUAAGCAAUUUAUCAAAGGUAGUUUUCGAUGGUGCUGAAAAUUCUACAGGAACUACCUUGUUAAAAGAUGUAAAACCAAAUACAAUGGGUUUAGUUUCAUUCAACUUUGAAAAUAAGCUCAUUAAAGUAUAUAAAGAUAUAGCUCAUCAACCUUUAAAUCACACCAAAACAAAAGAAUUUAAUAUUUGCAACAUCAAGAUUUCAAAUAUUUUUACUUUGAUGGAUACUGAAACUUGCAGUAAAAUCGAUUUCCAAUUUGUCAAUGCCACAGACUUUAAAACCAAAUAUAUCGUUAACAUUGGUGAAUACUCUGAAGAACAAGAUUUAAAUACCAAAAUUUCGGUAAAUGGCAGAGAAAUUGCCAAAUCAUUAUAUCUUUUCGACUCAUCUCCACUUUCUAUCAACUCUUUCCAAAUUACUCAUCGUCAAACUAAAACUUUUAUGACUCAUAACAAAUUACCACAAAUCCUAAUUAAUUAUUUACAAGAAAAAGGCAUUCAAGUUAAAUAUAAUAAAGAUAAAUUUGAAACCUUUGAUUUAUCACAUUUGGACAGAAAUACACAGGAUACCAUUAUCAAAUUGAUGAGUUCGUUAUAUCUUGAAGAAAAGACAAGUAACUAUUUCAAUAGAUCGGUAGAUCCAAAUGUAUCAUAUGGUUUAUUUAACGAAUUAACCUUUGCUAACAAACCAAAUAACAUAGGCUCUGGAUUAUUUGGUUCAUCUAAUCAAACUUCAUUUUUACCAAAACAAAGUCCUUCCUUUUCAUUUGGUACCACUACUACCUCUGUUGCUCAACCAAGUGGUUCUAUUUUUGGAGGUAGUAGCUCUUUCGGCGCACAACAAGCACCAAACACCGGUUUUGGAGCCCCCACUACUUCUCUUUUCGGCGCACAACAAGCACCAAACACUGGUUUUGGAGCCACCGUUACUUCUCCUUUCGGCGCACAACAAGCACCAAACGCCGCUCCUCCUCUUUUCGGCGCACAACAAACACCAAACGCCACUUCUCUUUUUGGAGCUCGUAGUGUUAACAAUAAUGGCUUCGGAGAACAACAACAACAACAAACACCAAACGCCAGUUCUCUUUUUGGUGCAUCACAACCCCAACAAAGUUCCUCUUUACCUAGUUUUUCUUUUGGCACUAGCCAACAACCACAACAGGCUUCUCAAGAUAAAGGAUUUUCAUUUGGCUUUGGUUCACCUAAAAUUGAAAACACCUCUGACUCUCAAAAUAGUAGUGACAAUGAAUCAAUUUCAUCAUUUGUUAAUAUUCCACAUUCACCAAAAUCCUUAUUCUCAUCAACUCCCGUUCCAUCAACUCCAGUUCCAACAACCCCAGAGAAAGAAAUAGCUUUAACAUCAAUUACUUCCCAUAAAGAAUUUUCAAAUAAGUCAUUUGAAGAACUUAAACUUGAACACAAUAAUGGUUCAAAAUAA